AUGGAGCAUGAUGAUGAACUGAACGAUCUGCGCCUUCAGUUCGAAGCGCUACAAAAACAGCAGGAGAAAAGAAAACUGGAUAGAAAAAAGGAGAAAGAACCGGAUAAGCUUAACGUCUGUGUUGCCCAGGAUGAUUUGGAUCUAUCUAAGCAAGGUAUUCAGGCAGACAAUCUCGAAGGCAGACUGCCACAGGAUGAGAACUUGCUGGACCAGCUGAGGGAGCUUAAGGAUGAAAAUGGUCGCCUUUUCAAACUUCUGAGUGAAAAGGAUUUUGAGAUUAAACACCUGAAGAGAAAGAGAGAAGAAGAGCGACUGGUUUUAGCAGGCACAUCAGGCUUGGCAGGGGAUGUAGCAGCCACCAAGAUCGUCGAGCUGUCCAAGAAGAAUAGAGAGCUAACUGCUGAAAUUGAGCGAGAAAAGAUUAAAUCCAAGCAAAACAGCAACAGAAUCAAAGAGCUUGAGAAAGAGCUGCAGGCUGCUUUGGUGCACUCUCCACCUGGGCAAAAGAUAGAUACAAAGUCACAGGAUAAGAGGUCAUCUGAAGGCUGUGAGGAAAAUCCAAUGGUGAAAUCACUGCAGGAAAAAUUAGCUGCUGCCCAGCUGAAAGUGACAGAGUAUCGCAACCAGGUUCAAUCUGUCAAACAGGAGUUGAAAGUAGCUCAGAAGGUUCUGAUCAGUGAGGUUGGAGAGGAGGUCAACCUUCAGCAGUUGCUAAGCUGCCCAGGCAGCUUUAGAGGUCGGUCUCAGCAGAUACUGGUUCUUCAGACAAGGGUAAGGGACCUUGAGCGGCAACUGAACCAGCAUAGACAGCAGAGUGUCCUGAGUGUAGAGGAAGAGUUUCUGGGUGUGGGGGUCCUUCAGAGAACCCCUCCUCAAGAAAGGAACCUCAGCUACAUCCGCUCCAUCGAGAAGGAGAAGAGGGAGGCAUUUGAGAGGAUCUUAGUGGACUACGAGGCCCUGCUGAAAGACCACGAGGAUAUGAAGAAAAAGUUGGAAGCCUCUAAGGCCAGGAACAAAUCUCUGUCUGCCGAAAUGAAAACUCUAAAGGUUCAGAUCUCCACCCUCCUGGAGAAGGGUAAACAUGAUGAUGAGCUUGUGGACGCUCUGCUGAAGCAGCAGACGCAGAUGCAGGAGGUGCUUCGACAGCUCAGUCAACAGCAGAAGGCACAGAGCAAGGAGACGCAGCAGAGCCUGAGACAACAGCUGAGCAGUGAGACUUCCGAGCACAGCACUCUCAUCCAGAAGCUUAAGGCCAAGAUCAAAGAACUGGAAGAGCAAAUCCAGCAGCUCUCUGUCAAGGAAGAAGACGUAGAAAGACAGUCCAACCUCAUUACAACAGUGUGCAGUUCAAAAUCUCCCCCUGAAGAGGGAGACAUUAACAAGAGAAUAGCAUCUUCAGGCUCUGUUUCUAAAUUUGGUCACAAACUGGUGCUGCCUGCUGUGGGAAGUAGUAUAGAAUUCAACAGUCCAAAUUCUUCAAAAUGUCCACAGUGUUCAGCUGAUGUAAGCACACUGAUGACCCGCUCUAAUGAAUACAGAAUACUCCGCGUGGAGAAGGACAGACUGCUUGAGCCGGUGAACGUCUUACAGACAAAAGAGAAAGAGAUGAAUCAGAAAUUUUUGGAGGCAGAACAGAAGUACUGGGAGGAACGCCACAGGGUGGCAACCCUGAAACAACAGCUGGAGAAGACAAACUUGGGUUCACAGUGA